AUGGAUCAUCUUGCUGAGAAAAAACGAAAGCUUGAGGCGAUCCGUGCCGCCCGGGAAGCCAAAAAGCGCGUAGUAGAUCAAUACAGAAUGUCAAAGGCUCAUCUCCCGUCAUCUCCAGUGGAUCCUUUGUCUAAAUCGCUGACGGACUCAAGUUUAUCAUACCCUGAGAGGUCCACAUCAGUGCUGGCGGAGAGUAUGACCAGCAGCACAGUACGAAAUCCCAAAACUGAUAAGGCGGUCGAGCCUCAGUUGGCGGAAAUUGCUGCUCCAUCGCUGGAUUCUGUGGAUUCAGCAAAGCAGAAUCAAGUGGAAUGCAGUAACGAUGCGAAACCAAUGUCUACAAAGACACCUCCGGUGUCGCCCGGUGCCUUAGCACGGUCCAACUCUGGGAGGGAUUCAACAUCCAAAGGAGAGUCCACUCAAGCAGCAUCGCAGUGUCAACCUAGUAAAGGGAUAGAUAGUCCACAGCUUGUCUCAAGGGUAAGCCCAGAAACCGAAAAGCCAACAAAUAGCCAUAGUUAUUCUCAAUGUUUUGAUUGCUUUCGACACUUGGGUGGUUUAGAAUCUUCGGAUUGCGGAAACGCCUCUACCAGGGUCGCGGAGGUUUGUGCACUGACGCCAAAAAUAUGCCUGGGUGAUGAGGACCGACUGGUGGUCGACAUCGCGGUGAUCGCGUUGCCUUAUAAAGGAGGUAGCACCGCGUCAGGCCGUACUCUUGAUUCAGGAUUGCCCGGCGGGUUGGAGAAGUCAACGACCCAGCAAGGAACGACAGCACCCCCAUCGACGCCUUUUGUCGACACUGUCCCCUGCGUUGCGGUUGCUUACGCGGCUCUAAGCGUCUCCACCAUUAUGCAGGACGCCUCCUCCAUCGUUGGGGAGGCUGCAGCCACCACAGUGAAUGGACGCCCGAUGGAAGACCUGCCCAUGAUCCUGAGGUCGAGCUAUCCUUGGGGCCACCUCUUCUCGACCUCUGUGCGGCCCAAUGCGGCAUCGACACUGGCAGCCCUCGAGGCCGUCUCGGCGCAGGUGCGUCAGACGCCUGGGCUCGUGCUGGUCUGGACCGUCAUUCCCGGCACCGGCCCCGUGGAGGCAACUACUCAGGACUCGUCCCGCGACGGGGUCGCCGCACCCGUGGAGGCCGAUUCGCAGGACCUGGUCGUACUCACACCGCUCGUCUGCGACGCGGAGGUGACGACGCUGAUCGCACACCCCUUCAGCCCACCAGGCGUGUUCAUCGCCGGCACGGCCAGUGGGCGGUUAGUGAUGUGGCAUAUUGCCGCGUCCGAAUGGUUCGGGCUGGAUCGAAAACAACUGCGUGCUAGGGCUUUGACCUCGACAGGGUCGGCCUCGGUGUUGGUGGGUAAUGUGCUGCGGCCGUCGGCAUCGUCUUUCCCGUCGCCACAACUUCAUCAGGGCCGUGUUCUUGCGUUGGCCGUCCAUGGCAAUGUGAGUAACCAUUAUCUUUAUUCAAUUAGUCAGGAGGGGCGCGUGUGUACCUGGCAAGGCUGGCAAACUUUACAACCGAUUGUGGCCCGCAGUGCUUACUUCGAGGGUGGUGUGUUCAUGGGUAACGUUGGGACAGUCGCCGUCUUUGCAGGUCAGCGUGGCAGCGAUUCCAUGACUAGGGUUUACAUUGGGACUUCGGACGGCGCGGUAAUUGAGGGUUUUAAUCGCAAUGACCGAACCAUCGAGUUGCAUAGGUGUGGGGUGGGUAAGAAGGCAGACGGGUACACUGGCCCAAGUCUACUAGAACGCAAUAGUGGGACACUCUCGUGUAACAAAAACGUAUCAGAUGUCCGAGGAACCAAGGUUGCCGCCUCGUUAGUUCCCUCGGCGGUACCGUCGUCAGGCAUUCCAGAGGCUCCUGUGGACACGUCUGGAGCGAUGGCCUUCCGAAGCGCCCGGGAUCGUGGCCGCGUGAUAGCCAUGGCAUUACAACCCCCUCCCACUCACGUUUCCUUUCGCGAUCACGACUGCGUCGUCGUUGCUUUUGCCCACGGCAGCUGCGUAGCAUACAUGGGGGACACGAGCAUUGUGAUGGAUGGCUUUGUGUCGAUGGUGACAGCGUUACGAUGGUCUCCUACCCAUGCGGGCAUUUUUGCCGCUGGCGACGCUGAGGGGGUAGUGAGCCUGUGGGACGUCUAUUAUUCCUUCUCGGUUCCGCUGUUGUCCGUGCGUCUCGAUCAAGCUUCGGCUGGGCUCGGCUACGGGUCAUCGUCUGGUAUCGAGGCGGUUGUUGUGGUGAUGAAGGGAAGGGGUACGUUGGGGUCAUCGCUGGAUGCCGGUGUGGGCUGUACAAUGAGGAUGGCAUCCACCAGCCAUGCACCACCCAUCAGAUCAGCCAUGGAUGGAACCACAGAGGCUGUCACAUCUCUGACCUUUUCAGCUGAUGGGCGAUGGCUUUUUUCGGGUGUGACGGUGGGCGACGUGUACGUGCUGGAACUCUCCGAGGAAGUGGUGCGACUUGAGAGAGGGCUUUGA